AUGCCCGUGUCCCGCAGGGGAAGAGGAUCCCGCCUGGCCGGCUCCCGAACAGCGGCCAGUAGCCUCCCGCGGGCGACGGCCCUCUCCCGAAAGAGUGCCGGCCGCGGGGCCCUGCCAACUAGCCACGCGCAACUCCUCACCCGGCAGCGCCAUUCCGCCGUGCAGGUCCCGCCGGAGUCCAAGCCGCAGGCUGACUUCCGCUUGGGAAAGCGGCUCCAAGAAACCGCCGCAGGGGACGGCAGGAACUCGCAGCAGGCUCUGCGGGACAGGAUGAGUUCUAAGCAAGGGACCUGUAGUCCGGAAGUAGUAACAAUCCCGUGUGCUUCUGACAGUGAUUCAGGAAGUGUGGAUUUGCAGCUGGGCAACUUAGAGGCUAUUAAAAAAGGCUCAAGUAGCAUUGAACUUACAGACUCAGACAUCCCUGACAUCCCUGGACUCCAUUGGGAGUCCCUGUCAGAUAGCCCCAGACACCUGACCCACCAGAACCCGCUCAAUGAGGCCAUUGUUGAGAAGUUGAUCCAGUCCAUCCAGGAGGUUUUCAGUGGUGAGCUAAAGGGUGAACUUGAAAAGCUGACAUUCCUAAGAUCUCUGUCUUCUCUCAGCCAAGCUUUACCUUAUAAUGAAACCACAGAAUCAUUCAUUUGCAGCCACAUCACAGAUAUUGUGCAUACCUUACAUGUACUGGUACAAGAGGAGCACCCGUGUUCUCUGUUAAGUCCUGUGCACCAGGAGGUCUUUGUCACCAUAUCUGAUCUCAGUUACCAAGAUGUCCAUUUGCUGUCUGGCUCUGAAGAUCGAGCCGAGUUGUUCAGUCUUAUCAUCAGGAGUAUAAUCACUCUGCCCUCUGUAAAGACUCUUACCCAGAUGUGGGAAAUCGUGCCCAAUGGGACCUGCAACACAGAGUGUCUUUACAGGCAGACGUUUCAGGCGUUCUUUGAGAUGCUCCAGAGUUUGGUGGUAAAAGACCCACAUUUGGAAAAUCUUGACACCAUUAUUAAGCACAUGGACCCCUGGUUACAGUCAGUCAAAGACCAUGAGCGGGAACGGGCCACAGCCAGCAUGGCUCAAGUUCUGAAGUGCUUAUCCAGACAUCUCAUCUUGGAGCUUCCACUUCGAUUCCACAGACUCGGACACCUAGUGGCUCUGAUGGCACUGCUCUGUGGGGACCCACAGGAAAAGGUGGCCAAGGAGGCUGGAGAGGGCAUUCACUACCUGCUGGAUAUCACCCUGCGGCUGAAGUAUACCACUCGUGACAAGAAAAAUCAGCAAAACUUGAAAAGAGCAUUGACAAAAUUUCGAGAAUUCCUGGAGCUCUCCAGCUCUGCCGUUAAAUGCUUCUACAGCUGUCCCUUCAGAAUUGCCCAGAUUUUUGAAGGUUUUCUUGAUUCCAAUGAGCUCUUCCAGUUUGUAACAACUACAUUUGAUACCCUGAGAAACCUGAAACAUCCCUGCACCCAGCGAUCAGCAGGAGAAUUACUGCUAACUUUGGCAAAAAAUGCAGAGUCCCGAUUUGAGAAGGUACCAGAAAUUAUGGGAGUUAUCUGUGCCCAUCUAUCCAUAAUCAGCCAGUCUACAGUCCGCCAACAAAUCAUAAGUACCGUGAGUUUAUUUAUAUCCAGGCCCAAGUACACAGAUGUAGUGCUCAGCUUCCUUCUGUGUCAUCCAGUGCCAUAUGACAGGCACCUGACUGAGGUGUGGAGAACGCUGGUGGUGGAGCUGCCCAGCACGACCUGGAUUCUGUGGAGGCUCCUGAGGAAGCUGCAGAAAUGCCAUAAUGAGCCCGCACCGGAGAAGAUGGCAUAUGUGGCUGUGGCUGUAAGCCCUUGA